AUGUGUCAAGAAGUAUUAUCUGCAGGCCACCGCCAACUGUCUGGAGUUCGAAUCUCGGAGGGACCCGGCCGGCGAAGGUUCUCACCGGUUUCACUUGACCGGCCAGCGGAGAAUGCCCCGGAGCCUUGGCGCUCGGCCGCUCCUCGGUCCUCCCUCGGCGGCGGAAGGAGAGGCGAGGCGAGGCGAGACGCGAUCAAAGACCUUGUGCGGUCGCAUACCCGUUGCCCUGCUAGUACACGGCCGAGUGACAAUUACAUCUACCUGAAAUCCCAGAUGGAUGCUGUUUCAUCUCGUCGACAUUAUCUGAUACAGAUGUUCAGGCUGGGUAUUCAAAAAAGGAGAGAAUCGAUUAAGGUUUCGAGUUUUGCAGAAAUUUAAGAUCACACAUUUUUGUGCCAAUGUGUCCGAGAUCGUAAUUUGAUAGUUACCCGUACGAAAUUGCUUUCAGAUCGUGAGGCAAGU